CAAACUAGUCAUUUGUGAUGGACAUGUCUCUGCUUUCUACUGUCAUUCAACGUCCGUCGAUCACAUUUGACACACGAGAAAUAUUUAACUACCACUCCAAAACACCCUACCACUAUAAUAGAUUCUGGGGCCUGUGACAUCAGUUGUUGUUGUUGAUGGUAGUGGUUGUGUUGUUUCGCAUACAAAUUGUGUAACUUAAGAAGUUUUGGUUGGACUGUAAGUCUACUAAUGUGGCAGAAGAAAUAGCUCAGAAUUGACUUUAAAGUACAAAAGUAUUUAGGGGGUUAUUUUGCCUGUAUGUGUUUUCUGUUUUUUUUUUCUUUCUUCUUUCUGCCAUCGUAUUUCAGUCUGCAUUUUUACUUGCUAUCUCGCUCGUGGUGUGUAAGUUGGGGGUCCUCUCCGAUUCAAGGGAGUUUUUUAUGUUGCAAGAAUAAUACCUUACACGCAGAUUUAGUGGUAUAAAUGCAACGACUAAUGCGUAAUGAUAAUACACGGUUUUACACUGUGUCCAUUUGGCUUCCAAUGGUGCUAAACUACCAAAGCUUACCAUCAUUUGUAAAUAAACAAUUCGAGUUAUAAAGUUACUAACUUUAUCAUUUACUUAAAAAAAGCUUGCUACUUUUGGUGUGCCUUCCUAAGUGCUUUCAGUUUGCUACUUACUAUGAUAAAUUUAUGGCAUCUAUUGGUUGAUACAGUCUCUGCCUCUGCUACUGCUGACCGCAAGUAACCCCGCCCCUUUAUGCUAAAUAAUCCUGGCUGAGGGAACAUCGCUUGUGAUUGGUCAGGUGGGUAGCAUUUAUUCUCUGACAGCCCGUACAUGAAUGGUUGUCUAUUAACUUGUUCAAAAAGUAUCAGGAGUUGUCAAGGCUCUGGCGGAGAGGCAGACGUGGUUUGUUGAUUCUUUAAAGACUAAGAAAGAAGUUUGUGGUCACAACAGGACCAACUGGCUGAAGGAAGAGAGACGUUUGCUACUUCAGUAAAGUUACUGAAACCGGCAAGGGACCCACAGAAAACCUCUGGAUUGGACUUUCUUUCGCACUGGUGAGGCAAGCUUCUGAAAACCGUUGCAAUGUAUAAUAUGAUGGAAACCGAACUCAAACCCCCUGCACCCCAAUCAACUGGGGGUACGGGGAAUACUAACACUUCUGGAAACAACCAGAAAAACAGCCCGGACCGAGUCAAGAGACCCAUGAAUGCCUUCAUGGUGUGGUCCAGGGGACAGCGAAGAAAAAUGGCGCAGGAGAACCCCAAAAUGCACAAUUCGGAAAUAAGCAAAAGACUCGGGGCCGAAUGGAAACUUCUUUCCGAGAGUGAAAAGCGACCUUUUAUUGACGAAGCCAAGCGUCUCCGUGCUCUCCACAUGAAGGAACAUCCGGAUUAUAAAUACAGACCCCGGCGGAAAACCAAGACCCUGAUGAAGAAGGACAAGUACACUCUUCCAGGUGGGCUUCUUGCACCGGGCGGCAAUGGCAUGGGCGCUGGGGUGGGUGUCGGGGGUGGCCUGGGCGGCGGGGUUAACCAGAGGAUGGACAGUUAUGCACAUAUGAACGGAUGGACAAACGGAGGCUAUGGUAUGAUGCAGGAACAGCUUGGCUACGGGCAGCACCCCGGUCUAAACGCGCACAACACAGCACAAAUGCAGCCCAUGCACCGUUAUGAUAUGAGCGCGCUCCAGUACAAUUCUAUGACAGGUUCUCAGACAUACAUGAACGGGUCGCCCACGUAUAGCAUGUCCUAUUCGCAGCAGACCACCCCUGGAAUGACUCUCGGCUCGAUGGUCAAGUCCGAGUCCAGUUCGAGUCCACCGGUUGUCACCUCUUCCUCACACUCAAGGGGUGCCCCUUGCCAAACUGGGGACUUACGGGACAUGAUUAGUAUGUACUUACCGGGCGCUGAAGUUCCUGAGCAAACUGCUCAAAGCAGACUUCACAUGUCCCAACAUUAUCAGAGCGCACCUGUGCCCGGCACAACGAUUAAUGGCACGCUCCCAUUAUCACACAUGUAAAUGAACUUUUAUAGCAGAAAACUGGACAACUCUGGACUUAUUUUUGUACAGAAUUUUUUUGGGGGGAGGGAAAGUUGUAUAGAACUCAAGGAAAGAACACGAAACUUUUUUUCUUUCUAUUUAAAAGAAAAGCUCUAGAGGAACGGUAGGAUCUCCACAAAAGUUUUUUUUUUUUCAGGUGUAUGAGAUUUUUGAAAGUAGAAAAGGGGAGUCAAUCAAAUGUUUUAUUAUUGCAAUCAUGUUUUGUACAGUAUUUAUCAAAGAAACAUAACAAUCAGAUGUAAUGUUUGUAAACUACAAGAAGUUAAAUUUUUAUGAACGUCAGUUCCUCUAAAUGAAUGAAUGGGUAAAUAAAUAAUAGGUUCAGGAUUGACACUGAGUUCAGUAUACUCCAAACUCACUCUGCAAACACUGGAAGGACAGAAAAUAUGUAAAAGCAGGUAAUGUUUCUCUUUGAAGGUAAAUAGUACUAAACCAUUUUAAUUUAGUUCAAAUGAGAGAAAAGGAAAAAAAGCUUUCUCACAGGUUAAAACAUUAUUGUUAAUUUAUAUUUUGUCUCCCACUCUCCAUCUGUUAGAGAUAUGAAGUUUUGUGUUCAUUGUUUUUCUCAUGGUUUGUAAAUUUUCUGUAUAUUUACUGUGACAUUUUAAGUUUUAUUUUAAAUCUUCAUUUCCGUAGUUGUAUUUUAAAAUGUGGCCUGUCCGCAGUUGCCAACACUCCAUGUAUAUAUUUGAACUAAUAACAUCAUUAUAACAGUUACAAUUUCAGCUGAGUUUUUUCAAUAUGCAGUUUGAAAUGAAUAAAUUUUUGAAAUUUGGAUAUUUGAAA